GUUUGAAGCUAUCACGAGUUCACUUAAUCUGCAAACGAGAACAAAGACUCAGUGACCAAAGACCAAUAAGCUAGCUAUUUGAUGCGUCCCAGCCCCGCUAACUAGAGGGAAAAGUCCAAGCUUGGAAUACGGAAGUAUAUUCUGCAAACCGCCAGAAACGAGCGAUAACAACAAACACAAUUCAAAACGUAUACAUGUAUACAGUACAAAACUGUCCUUGGGGAGAGUUACCAAAUGGCAUACUAAAAGAUGCAACGGACCAAUAACAUUUAAGAUACUUCACAGUGGGAAACACGACAUGAUGGUAACAAGAGCACCUUUAGCGCAAAAACAAAGAAAUUCAAAUGUUCUAAAUAAAAUUACAAACUUAGGUCCUUUCCCAAGUGAGUUCUGGGGAUCUAAGAUCCCCAAUAAAAGUACACACAUUCACUUCGUUUUUUUUGUUAUAUUUCAGAAUCAAAAGAUCAACCACAUAUGCAACAUUUAUUCUGUAUGGCUGAAGAAAUACGUAAUGCACGUAUUGUGAAACAAAUCAAUGGGAAAGGUUUUAAUUAUCGUGAUAAAGUAGGAUAUGAACAACAACAACAUUUAGGUACAUUACUUCAUGAUGGUCAUAAAAUGAAUAAAAAAGGAAGCAGUCUAUUAUUAAUGAAUAAAAUUCAAUCACAAUCUAAUGGUUAUGAAUCAUAUCAACCAUCUAUUGAUUAUGGAUCAGAAUAUUUAACUGGUUUAAAUUGUCCUGGAUUUUUAUUGAAUGAUAAUCAAUCAUCAAAUGGUUUAUCAAGUGAUAUCCAUUUAAGAUAUUUACCAGAUGGUAAAUCAGGUAAUAGACAAUCUAUAUCGGCAUUCUCUAUUGUACCCGGUCAAUUUCCAAUAUCAUGGACUCAUCAUAAUAAUAGUAAUAGUAAUAUUGAAGCUCAUCGUCGAUCCAUAACUAGUAUCCAACGUAAUGGUGGUAAUUCUCUCGCUUCACAUCAUUCAUCUCAACAACAAAUUACCGAAGCUGUUACUAAUUUCUAUUUACAACAUCAACAACAUUUUAAAGAAUUACAAAAUCAUUUAAAUAAUACUAAUACGACUAAUACUACUACUAAUAAUAAUAGUAAUAUAGAUACGGUUACAAUGAAUCAACUUGGUUCCGAUGGUAUGAAUUCAUGUUUUGGUAGUAUUGGUCAACCAGAUUCAAGUAUUUUAUCAGAUAUUAAUAUCAAUCCAUCAAAUGUAAUGAAUUGUGAAUCACCUAUAAUGAAUAGACAUAAUAAUGAUAAUCAUAUCAUAUUAAACAAUAUAAUACCCUUAACAAAUUCAUCUAUGAAUCCAUCGAAUUAUAUCAUACCUAUAGAUUCAAUAAAUCCAUUAAUCAAUAAUUAUACUAAUCAAUUAACACCAAAUAUCAAUCGUAUACAACCCAUAGGAUCAUCACAAUCACAAUUAAUUACAUUAAUGAAUAAAUUAAAUUAUACUACUAAUACUACUAAUAGUACUACUAAUAAUCAAUCAAUUCAUAAUGAACAAAUUUUAACUCAUUUAUCAACUCUUAGUGAUACAUUAAAUUCACAAUCAGAUAGUGGAGCUGGUUCAGGAAGUGGAAAAAUUUCAAUGGAUUCAUCAGAGAAUAAAAUUAAUUCAUUUUAAUAAAUGAGAGAGACAGAGAGAUUCAAUGUUCAAUUUAUUUAUUAAAAUGGAUAUUGAUAAAGUUUCAUGACAAAAGAGAGAGUAUGUGUGUGUGAGUGAUAGGGGUGUGGAGGAGGAGAAGAGAGGGGGGUGAAUGGGGAGAGAGGGAGAAAGAGAGAGAGUGGAAAACUUCCCAAACAAUCAAAAUAAUAUUCUAUUUAAAUGUUUAUCUUUUAUUUACAAAAUUUAAUCUCUAAGAGAAAUGGAAGUCUUUUUUCUUCUUUUAAAAUUACACAUACUAGUCAUAAUUUUCAUGGUUUGAAUACGAACCAUAAACAAAAAAACAAACAUCAAAUACUAAGCCAAGAAUGGCUACAAUGAAUCACUCUUUUAUAAUAAUAACGAUAAUCAUAGGAAAGUUUCUUUCUUUCUUUCUUUUUCUGAAAAUCAAUUUUCAUUGGAAAAAAAUAUUAAUGUUUUCCUACAAAAAAUAAAUCAUUAUUUUCUUCCCAUAAACCCUAAGCAUAAGACAAUUCAUUUGAAAAUUAUAUUUAUUUAGUUAUACUACUGACUAAUAAAUAAGUACCUUGUUUCUUUCUAUUAAAAAGUUUCUUGGAAGAACAUAUAUUGCACGGUUAUCAUUAGGGAAUAUUGUAUUUCGUUAUUUCGUUGAUGACUUCUUUUCUUUUUUUGUUUUUGAAAAGAAUUCUAGGAUAAGAAUCUUUCUACACCUUCAUUUUGAGUUGUGAUAAUCCAUAAAAAGUAAAAUGACGGUGGAUUUAAUUAAA